AAAAUGUUGAGCGCAGAAAUUAGCGACAUCAAGUUCAUAUACAAUGUGCUCAAAAUAUUGUGCCAUCAAGAGUUUGCAGUGGUUCAGCCGAUGGAGGAGGGUUUGAAGAUAACGCUGAGUGACAACAAAUGCUCGGAGACUUCGAUUUACAUCCCACAGAGCGCUUUCAGCACCUACAAGAUUCAGGACAAUUCCGAUGUUAAAUUCAAAGUGAGCCUGAAGGUGCUCACCGAGUGCUUGCACAUUUUUGGAGAUGAGGGCCAUUCCAUGCUGAAAAUGUCUUACAAGAAACUAGGGGAUCCUCUGAUUCUAAUGUUGAAGCAGAGCGAUGAGAAUAUAAUUGUUGAUUGUGAGCUGAGCACGAUGGAUGCAGACGAAUUCGUUGAUAUCAGUUUAGCUGAUGAAUGCAACAUGAACAACAUUGUUUUGGCUGGGGAUAGUUUCUUCGACAUCAUCAGUGAUCUUGAUAUGCUCGCCGAUGACAUACAAUUCGUGAUCAGCAACAAGGCUCCUUACUUCCAGAUCACCACAACCAGUGUUUUGGGCAUCUCUCACGUGGAUAUCUCCAAACAUUCCGAUAUGGUGAAUGCCUUCAACUGCAAGAGCGAUUUCAAAGAGAAGUACUCCUUCAGCAUAUUCAAGCAACUGAUCAAGAUCAUGGCUCUGGCUUCGAAGAUCUCCAUCUCGACUGGCAACUCUGGCCUGCUGGGCUUCCAGAUCAUCAUCAAUUCAGAUGACAGACAGUUGUUUGUCGAGUACUAUGUCACUGCUCUCAUCAAUGACAGUGAUGACUGAGUGAGCGAAAGAUCCCUGAUGAGGGCAGCCUGCACAACCGCCACCAAAACAGCAACAACGACAACAGCACCCUUCGA